UGGAGCCCGGACUUCCCAGAGCCAGGCAGGAGCGCGCACUCGGCGGCCCUCCGGGUCCCCGCCGCCCCGCACCUCCCUCCCGCUCCUCUCGGGGUACCCCUCGCCCCCUCCUUCCAGCAGCUGCUACGCCCGCGCCAGCGGCCGCCCCCCAGCCCCUCUCGGCCACAUCCCCAACUCUGCGGACUCACUCCCGGGACGCGCGUCCUCGCCCCAUCCUUUCUUCCUUCCUGCCUUCCCUCGCGCCCGCCCGCCCUCCCCAGGUCUCCCUCGCGGGUCGCGAUUGUCUCCGUCCCCUCCGCGCUGCGCCGGCGCCUCGCCCUGCCCCGUCUUCCCCUCGCACUUCCUGAGUCGCCGGCCGCCGCUGCCCGGACUCCAGCCCGCGGCGUCCGGGGAAGGGAGAAGUGGGCGAGCGCGCCCUCGCCCAGCCCCGCGCCCCAGCCCUGCCCGGCGAGGGAGGACCGGGAAGAUGAACAACGGCAGCAAAGCCGAGAAGGAGAACACCCCGAGCGAGGCCAACCUUCAGGAGGAAGAGGUCCGGACUCUCUUUGUCAGCGGUCUCCCUCUGGACAUCAAACCUCGGGAGCUAUAUCUGCUUUUCAGACCAUUUAAGGGCUACGAGGGUUCUCUUAUAAAGCUCACAUCUAAGCAGCCCGUAGGUUUUGUCAGUUUUGACAGUCGCUCAGAAGCAGAAGCUGCCAAGAAUGCUUUGAAUGGCAUCCGCUUCGAUCCUGAAAUUCCGCAAACACUACGACUAGAGUUUGCUAAGGCAAACACGAAGAUGGCCAAGAACAAACUAGUAGGGACUCCAAACCCCAGUACUCCUCUGCCCAACACUGUACCUCAGUUCAUUGCCAGAGAGCCAUAUGAGCUCACAGUGCCUGCACUUUACCCCAGUAGCCCUGAAGUGUGGGCCCCGUACCCUCUGUACCCAGCGGACUUAGCGCCUGCGCUGCCUCCUCCUGCUUUCACCUACCCCGCUUCACUGCAUGCCCAGUGUUUCUCUCCUGAGGCAAAGCCCAACACACCUGUCUUUUGUCCACUUCUCCAGCAAAUUAGAUUUGUCUCUGGGAAUGUGUUUGUAACAUAUCAACCUACUGCAGACCAGCAGAGGGAGCUCCCAUGUUGAAUUUGCUUGUUAGCUGUUUUUUUGUUGUUGUUGUUUGUUUUCUCCCUUCCCUCCCUUUUGCAAAAACUAUUUCUUGGUAACAUUUGAGAGAUUUCAAUAAAAAUUUUAA